AUGGCUAUAGCUGCUCAAGCGUGUUCCUGGAGAGUAGACAGUACACGAUGUUAUCCCGGGAAUUGUUCACAGGAACUUGCAUCGAACUGUAUAUGUGCGGAAGGCUUCUCUGGACAUCACUGCGAAAAAAUACAAACGUAUGCGAAAGUCUUGAGUAGUAUGUGUUCGCUAAGAAAAGGUCUCACUGGUGAAGUAUUAGAAAAUCCUGGUAGCCCAAGCGACGUAAACUCUACAGAAAUCAUCUGGACAAAUGAAAUUGGAUGGGAAACAGCAGAUACGAUCUGGAACUCUCAAUAUAAAACAGAACAACCGCCCAACGUAUCCUACGUUCAUACUUUCCGAGUUGGAAUAGUGCAUGCGAAGACAAUUUUAAAACACAUUCGUGGAAAAGAUCGUUUUAGAAACGAGGAGCAUGAAUCCCACAGAUGGCUUGAAGCUGUGUCACCUGUAGAGGGUAUAGAAGAUAUUUAUGAUGACCAUCAUGGAAAACGGACAAUAGAUAAAGUCCCGAAUGUUCAUGGUUGUGUGGAUUUUUUGGUGUCGUAUAUAGUAAGAGAUGGUACUUCCAUGAAGGAUAACAGGACAUUUGAGUCGGUUCGGAAUAUCGAAGACCAAUCUGAGUACUUGAACUUGGUUUGGUCUGAUGGAGACAGGGCAGACAUAACUGUUCGGGCUGUAGAUAUAUUUGAUAAAACAUUGGAUGAAACUGUAACAAUAUACAAGGAUGCCACACCCCCAGUAAUAGAGAACUUAUGGUUAACAAGAGGAGACAGGUUGAACAUAAGCGUACACAGCUUAGAGGAUUUUGCUGAAAUGACAAUCGAAUGGAUUGCAUACGAUUUACACAGUGGCUUAAAAAGCAUUUAUUGGAAACUGCUUGACAACUAUACGGGCGAAGAUAUUAUACAUGGACACGAGGAUAUUCCUUCACAAGGUGGAGCAAAAAAUCUGUCGGACUGCCAACAAAAAUACAGCGUAUACAGCCGAGGACCAAACUGUUAUGAAACAAACCACUGGGGUGCUUACCAUCAACAUUUUCAAGUUCAUCCUCGAAUCAAAGCGCAUGGUGGUUUAUUACAAGGGAAGGAUCAUGGGCUGCAUGACUCGGACUACUUUCUUGAAGUAAAAACAGUCAAUAAUGCUUUAUUAACCACUACAGUUAGAAAGAAGAUAACAAUAGAUACAUCGCCUCCUCACACCGGAAUAGUCCAAGACGGUAUGAGAGGUACACCGGAGCUAGAUUUCCAACAGAGUACAACUUUACAUGUUCACUGGGAUGGGUUUUUUGAUAGGGAAAGUGGAGUUUUGUUUUAUCAAUAUGCAAUUCAGAAAAAACAAAUGCGACCUUCUGAUUUUCAAUUGGACAAUGGAACACUGCUCAUAGAGACAUAUUCAACAGAUGUAAUGCACACAGUUAAAUCAGAAGGAACGUUUUACGCAUGCGUGGUUGCCUACAAUAGAGCACUAGAACCAUCCAAGCCAGUUUGUUCUGAUGGAGUAACAGUCACGUCAAACGUUCCGAAAGUAAAAGAAGUUGCAAUUUCUGGAGCAUUUGUGAAAGGAGGCUUGAUAACAGACGUAACGAAAUCUUCAUUCUGGGUUCUAGAUCAAAACAGAUAUAGAACAUUGAUAAAGAAUCCUACCCCAGACUGUUUAACUAAGGCUACAAUUGUGUCUGAACUCGAUAUUUUCCCAGUACUGUAUCACCAGAAUGGUUCCGUUGUUGACGUCAUGGGAAACAUCUUUUGUUCAAACACAUCUGGAUCACCAAGUGUAUUAAGUCCAGUUCUUGCAAAGGCUUCACACAUUACCAUGACUUGGUCUUCUGAUAACGUCAGCGUUCAUGAUUACGAAGUAGGACUUGCUUCAACGUCUAAUAAUUCCGCUCCAGACAUUAUGGGAUUCAGAAGUACCAAGCAACAUCGAAAGAUUCACAUCAUGCACACAGACUUACCAGAGGGGACCCCUUUUUUUAUAGUCAUUAAGUCUAUCAGCAAAGCAAAUGUUGAAGGACUCCAGUUUAUUGGCCCUUGUUAUGUAGACGUGACGGGACCAAUUUUUACUCCCCCUAUCAACGUUUAUCAUUCAAAUGGACACCUGUUAGCUCUUUGGAGUAAAGAUGCAUUUGAGGAUUCAGAAGACCCAUUUUCUUUAACAUACGAAUAUGCACUUGGACAUCAUCCUAAAGGAGAAGAGGUUCAUGGCUAUACUCGGAUGAGAAGUGGUGACGCUUGUAAACAGACCCAGCCUCCCACCUGUACAGCAAUAAAUAUAUCCAUGGUAGAAUGGGGCCUACACGGAAAUCAUACCUAUUACGUGACAAUUAAAGCGGAAAACGUAGCGGGUUUAACAACAUAUGGGGUGUCAGAACCAUACGUACACAAUGUACAACUUCCUGCCAAAGGAAUCGUCAUGGAUACAAAUUCAGAUGGGUUUAAGCAGUUUGUGGAUAUAGAGGAUAUAGACUUCACGACCUCUACAUCUAGCCUAUCUGCUCACUGGACCGGAUUCUUCCACGUCUAUCUUGACGUAGACUUCAAGUUCCGAGCUGGUUCAACGCCAGGUGGUGGCGAUGUUUUCCCACAAACUGAUGUUGGUAGAAAUCAAACGUACACAGCGAAAGGACUUACAUUAGAAAACUUUAAGACGUAUUAUGUGACAAUAACUGCUGUGUCGUCUGCUGGAAAUGUAGAAGUUACCUCUGAUGGCGUCACCGUCGUUACAGAAAAUUCGCCUCUGAGUGAUGUAUUUGUUUUCGAUGGAGAACCAUGUAGUUUUAAAGGUGAUGAAAAUGUGACUUUUAGUCAUCAUGAAACGGAUCAUCGGCUGAAGUGCAUGGAGGAUAUUGAUUACCAGUCAUCAAUCGAUACUCUAGAAGCCUACUGGAAAAUACCAUCUGCUCUUCAAAAGGUUGCUCCAGAUAUGCAUAUAUCUAUUGAGGAACAUUUUGCACACAACAACAAGUGGACCACAUUUAAGGAUUUCUACUACAACCAUGGCCAUCAAGAAGUCAGGUUUACAAAUCUUGUGCUGGAUCCAGGAAUAAAAUACCGUUUUGUGGUGAAGUUAUGUGCUAAACACAUCUGUUAUGAGCCGCAGUACAGUGAUGGAGUAAGAAUUCUGGCUAACCCUCCAACCACCGGAAACAUUGAAGUUCAACAUCUUAACACAUCUGGGGGACAAGAACAGCUCCGUGUAAAAAUGGACUUGUUUUUCGACCCCGAUGUUCCUGAUUUUAACCUGAAAUACAAUGUUGUGGACAAGUACGAAUGGGCCAUAACUGACCAAUCCAAAAUUGGGCGAACACACACUAUAUGGCGGGAACUGACCAAUUACACACUGUCUGUUUCAAAAACCGAGAUAUCGUUUAUACUUGAAUUGAACGGACAAUUUGAUUUUUCAAAAUGUAGAGGAUUAGCCAUAAGGGGCUUUAACAAGAUGAAGCUUUAUUCUACAGUGUACUCACAUGUAAGAGAUUGUGAGGCAUUUGAUCCUGUAUUAAUUAUACCAAAGACUGUUAUUGACGCCGUUGGAACACCUGAUCCAGAUCGAGAUGGGUACGGAGAACCAGUUAUCCUAGAAACCAAUGCACACUGGUCUCAACCAGAUGCAGACUAUACACCUAACAUGAAUUAUAUAUCUGCUGUGUGGCCUAAACUGCGUUACAAAUCGUACAAAGUUGCUGUACUAAACGCAAAGAGUGUGGAUGUCACAACAUACUAUCUUCCUACCAAUACAUUGUCACUCAGGGAUCCCUGUAGUCAUCCUGAUGCUAUCAAAUGCUCUUCUACAGACAAUGAAUUUAUCAACGUCAAGUUUGAGCCUGGAGAACUUGAACAUGGUCAACGAUACAUUGUAUGUAUCCAUACGGAACACACUGAAAUUGUGUAUGAGGAGUGGACACAAGUUUUACCGGAACUUAACGAGUGUAGUGACGGUGUUGUGGUAGAUCUUACUCCUCCUCUAGCUGGCAAAGUAUGGAUUGGAAGUAGACAAGGAUUAGAAUUUCAGACAUCUACAUCUGUUCUAUACGUUAACUGGGAAACUUUUCAAGAUGUUGAAGAGUUUCAGACCAUUUCACAUGCAUCAGGAAUCCAGAACUACCAACUUGGAAUUGGAACAUCUGUUGAUGGUAAUGAUGUCGUUGCUUUCUUUGACGUUGGUGUCGUCAACCACAAGGUUUUAAAUGGAACUGCCUUGGUAAAUGGUCGCACCUAUUAUGCCACAGUUAUAGCUAUGGAUUAUGCAAAUAGAACAACAAUAAAAUCAUCGCCACCAGUCCUAAUUGACAAUACCCCUCCAGUGAAAACUGAUAACCCGGUGACAAUAUCCGGUAGACACAUCACCUCCGAUACCGAAAUUGAAGCAUGUUGGAAGAACGUUUUCUAUGACGCCGAAAGUGAAAUAAAUUACUAUGAAUGGUCCAUUGGCUCUGAAUCCGGCUAUGAUGACAUCAAGAAUUUUACACGUGUUGAAACAGAAUGUGGCGAAAAUAAUGAACUUGAACGGCUUCACUUCAAAGAAGGACAUGCGUAUUAUAUAUCAGUAAAGGCAUACAACAAAGCUGGGCUUGUUUCUUUGGCAACCUCAUGGGCCUUCAGCGUUGAUUUUACUCCUCCUCUACAAGGACAUGUUUUCGAUCUUCAACCAAACGGAACCAGUCGACUUGACAUAGAUUUUCAAACCGAUAUGACAGCUUUACUUGUUUUUUGGGAAGGGUUUUUUGAUCCUCAUUCGGCAGUUAAGGAAUAUAUAAUAAGUGUAGGGACUUGUCCAGAGUGCGGUGAUGUUAUAGAAGAACAGUCCGUAGGAAUGACUAAUGAAAUUAAGAUCGAUUAUGUUCAUUUUGGACCUGGGAUAAUAUACUAUACAACAGUCAUGGCAUGUAACACGGCAGAUUACUGUACCAUAGCAACAUCAGAUGGUGUUAUCAUGGACAACAGUCCACCUAGCAUAGGCAUUGUUAUCGACGGUACAACCAUAGAAGAUAUCGAGUAUCAGUCAAUAAGAAACUUCAUCGACGCAAGAUGGCUUGGCUUUAAUGAUCCACAAUCGGGACUCGCUCGAUUUGUUUGGUGGGCAGGUACAACACCAGGGGGGAAGGAAGUUAUGGCAGAGCGAGAAGUUCAUGUUACUGAAAUGGCUACAGCGCUAAACAUAAAACCUGAGAUGCCAAUCGGAAAAAGAAUUUAUGUUACUGUCAGGGCUUUUAACAGAGCAGGAUUGUUCAGUGAUGCAUCGUCAAACGGAUUCAUCAUAGACGACAGCCCUCCGGUCAUAUCUAGGGGACCAGUGUUUUCUAAAGACAUUGGUAUUGACGGUAAAAUCCAGUUCUACAGAACUCUGAUGAAGGUGGAAUGGGAUGUCAGUGAUAAGGAUUCGUUCAUAGAAAAGCAGUACAUAUCCUUAAGGGCACAUAUUGGUGGUGAUUUUGAUCUUCCGUCAGCACAGGUAAAUGGGAUAGCAAGAGAUUUUGUGCUCAGCGGACUUUCUUUGCACGAUGGUGUAACCUAUUACAUUACUGUUAUAUCCUGUAAUGGAGCCAAAAUAUGUACGUCGAGUUCAUCUCCUGGGAUUUUGGUUGACACAACUCCCCCAAACAGAGGAAUGUUUGCAAUAAAGACCGAUCAUGCAGCAGACCUUAGUCGCCAUGUAGAUGGAUCGAUGACGUGGUCAAAGUAUGCCGUAAAUUUGGCGUGGCUCGGAUUUGCAGACAUUCAUUCAGAAGUGAAUCACUACUUUGUCAAUGUAGGAUCCAAGUACAUGGGUGCAGAUCUGAAUUCAGAACCUGGUGUACCUCAAAGAGUGAAUCAUUCAAUAACAGGAAAAGACAGGGAUGAAGGAAAGGUUCAAAUGUACAGAAUGAAAACAAUUAAGUUAGACGGAGAAAUAAAGCAUGUGUUUAUCACCGUGUGGGCAGUAAAUAAGGCUGGUCUAUCUAGCUCUUUGAUCCAUUCUCAAUUCCUAAAAGUACCGGGUGGUACGCUGUUUCUAGUCAGAAGAUGUAGAGCAACAUCUUGUGAAGGACACUGUGUGUGUGCUCCCCAAGACCAAGUCUGUCAUAUAAAUGGAUCCUCUUGCAACGAUGUCUCAAAACAUAACACAAACAACUUACUGCAAGUUUUGGAUGUGAUGGAUGGUGACGUGGACAUUGCAUACACGCCAAGUGAUACCUUACUGCAAGGGAAAUGGAAAAUAGUACACAGACAAGGACAACCUCCACUUUGGUACCAGUGGAGCGUCGGAUUGACAAGCAACGAUGUACCAACCGGAAUUUUUCACAAAGAGUUAGAACGGGUUUGGCACGAUGCUGGUCAAAACAAUUUUAUUGUAUUUUCAGUUAAACCAGGAUUUCAUUUGCACGCAGACAUCAAAUAUUCCGUGUUUGUGAGAGUAUGGUAUAGUGAUGAUACUUAUGCGAUAUUUAAAUCGGAUGGAGUUGUCAUAGUAACACAAAGACCAUCGGUAACAAAUAUCCUCGGAAGCUCGGUUACAGAAAGAAUGAUGAACAGUCCCCUUAAAGAUCAGGACUUUAUCAUGGAGGAUGUGUCAUUUAUGGUUGACUGGAAAAAUAAGUUUAUUGAUGCAGAUGAAUGCAUAAAGUCGUUUCACGUUUAUAUUAGCACAUAUCCAGGAGGGCAUGAUGUUUGGGACAAUGAAAAGGAUUUAGGCAAUACGGAAAUGUCGGUUAGGGUGCGGAGAAUCUCCCUCGCUCCUGAUGUGAAGUAUUUUAGCAAUGUUAUUGCUUAUGGUUUCUCUGGUAUCCACCACACCGAAUUUUCUGACGGAUUUAAGACGGACAACAGUAAACCAUCUGCAGGCGUCAUUUAUGAUGGAAUAGGUUUGCAUGAUUUGGAAUAUCAAAAUACAUCAAAAGUUGUGGCAGCAAAGUGGCAUGGAUUUACGGAUACAGGCUCUGGGAUUGUUAAGUACUAUUGGUGUGUAGGAAAAUCGCCAGUAGUAAGCGAAGAAUAUUCAAAUACUGAGUGUAGUAUUCACGACUGGAUGAAUGUAGGAAUGCACACAACGAUAUCACGAAAGACGUUUGCCAAUAUAUCUUUAGGAGAUGUUCUAUAUAGCAAGGUAUAUGCCAUAGACAACGUAAAUCGUAAGUCGGACAUUGUUGUCUCUAAUGGAGUAGCAGUGGAAACAACGCCACCACAGCCUCAGUAUCUCUUCCAUGUGGAUGAAAACCUUGCAGAAAAUCCCUCUUUUGAAGAUUCCAUAAAAACUCUAUCGAUGGACAAUAUCAACAAGACAAAUAUUUGUUCGCUAGUAUCGGACUUUCAUCCUGAAAAAUGGAAUCUAGCAACAGGUAGUUGUGCAGCAGUGGUUUCUUCUGCGAAGAACAUGGCGAGAAAUGGAGGAUCGUUUUUGAUCUUAAAAGGGAGUAUUAAACAAAUAAUCAAUAAUCUAAUUAUUGGUGAACUUUAUCGUGUAAAUUUUUACACAAGCCACUUAAUGAUUUCUGCCUCUAGAUUGUCAAACAAAGAAGGAUUCAUAAGUAUAGGGAAAACAAAACAUGUAUUUUUGUUGUAUACAAAGGCCUAUCGUCAUGAUGAACAUGGAAAAUCGAAAACAAGAGAUCUAGUGUCAUGGCAUAGACACACAUUUUAUUUCAUAGCAAGAAAUAUUUCAGCAGAGUUGUCAGUGGGAAGCACUGAUGAUAAGACAGGUCUUUUUAUUGAUGAUUUGUCACUUCAAAUGGUAGAAAGAAAUCAAGUGAAUAAAACAGGUGGUCAGCAUAUUAAUGCCCAUGUGGUAUAUCUUCACGAAUGGGGAUCUAUCCACGGAGCUUGGAGUUUUGUUGAAGAUGUGAGUGCCAUCAAAGAGUACAAAUGGGCAAUAGGCUACACCAAAGGAGGUACACAAAUUCAAGGCUUUCAAAGUGUUGGACUCAACAACUUUGCCUAUAACGCCAAUGUCACCUUAGUCCACAAUACAUUUGUUCACAUCACAGCUAUUGCUUCCAAUGUGGUGGGUUUACAAGGAAUUUCUUAUUCUGAACCAGUGCUGGUUGACCUCACACCACCGGACAUUGUUAACGUUUAUGAUGGUGAUCUUUCAAAUGAAGACCAGGAGGCCUGGACGGAUAAUGAAGUAUCUGUCAAUUUUGAAGCUGUUGAUAACGAAUCUGGCAUUGAUCACUGUGAAUGGGCCAUAGGAUACCAACCACAAGGAAUAGAACUGCAGAGUUUCAUUAGAAUAUCAGAAGGAAAAGGAUACCAAGAUUUUGACUACAGUCGUUUAGAAAACAAGACCAUCUUCUCGUCCAUCCGCUGUCAUAAUAAGGCAGGACUAACAAGCACAAAGUCAUCGAAUGGAGUCAAAAUCUCCAAUCGUCCUCCCUCCGUCAGACAUGCUACUGUAGAAGUUGUUCCUCUAUCUGUAACCGAGUACGCUGGGAGGGAUCACUUCCAAAGCAUGACCAGCAACCUCAGGAUCCAGUGGAGCGGGUUUGAAGACUUUGUUGGCAUUGAGCAAUAUAAGAUUCUAUUUCAUGGCAAAAAUAACAAGAUGGAAGAAAAAAUGUCUUUCCCAGUUGGCCAAGAUAUUUUAAGUGCAAGCUUCACUCAUAUGAAAAUGAAUGAAGGGCUGAAAAAUAUAACAGUUCAAGCCAUAGGAAAGCUACUCAUUGUCAGCGACACGGUUCCGUAUAACAUAACAAUUUCCAAAACAUUACCCAAGAAAGACCCCAAUGUUAAAUUAUCAGUAGCCUGGAAUUCUGGGAAGAAGGAGUUCACGGUUACCUGGGAAAACAUUUUCUCGUCUCCUCUGCCUUUGUACUAUGAAGUCUCAGCAGGGACGGUGGAGGGAGGGGCUGACAUCCUACAGUGGCAGGAGACCACAUCCACACGGACAGUCUUUGUUCUUCCUCCCUCCGUCAUAAACUGGUCCGGCCUCCAUGUUCACGUAUUUGUGAGAGCCAUUACUGUAGGAGGAACCCAUAGUGAUAUCAAAGGUUACAUCCAGCUUCCGAAAUGACAGAAGUUUACAACGUUUGAGAUUUGUGGGUCUUCAUGAUAAUAUAUGCUUUAUUAGUGUAUAUAAUCUUAUUUUAAUAGCUGUUUUCUAAUUUUAGUGCAAAUCCUAUAAUAGAUAACAUUGUACAUUUAAGAAUUGUUUCCUAAAAUGUUUUUUGUAAAGUGUUAUAAACUUCCGUCCAGAUAUCCGACCUCUAAAUAUGUAAAUCCUGUUUGCAAUAAAAUAUUACUUUCUGAUUACUCAA